AUGUACGGUUUGCUAGCUUUGGUUUCCUUGUCCCUACUUGUAACAGAAACGCUGGGUCAUGGGAUGAUGUUAGAACCACCAAAUCGAAGUUCUCUUUGGAGAAGUGAUUCCUCAGCUCCACCAAAUUACACUGAUAAUGAAGUAUAUUGUGGUGGAGUCGAUUUCCAAUGGAAUGAAAUGGAUGGUAAGUGUGGUCUGUGCGGAGACCCGUACAGUGAUCCUCAUCCACAAGACAACGAAAACACAGGAAUGUACGGCCAAGGAAAAGUCGUACGUCAGUACUCUCCAGGAAGUGUCAUAGAUGUACAAGUUUAUCUCAGUAGUAACCAUCUAGGAAACUUCGUUUUUAGUUUAUGCGUUCUGGAAAAUCCCAACGCUCCAGAACCUAGCGAGAACUGCUUCCAACAGUUGUCGCUAUCGAAUGGCGAACCUCAGUAUAAUGUAACUAUGGGAGAAGUGACCAUAAACACCAAGCUUAAGUUACCAGAUGGGCUCACUUGCGAAAGAUGCGUUUUGAGGUGGCAUUACAACACAGCAAACAACUGGGGAACAUGUGACGAUGGAAGUUAUGGUUUGGGAUGUGGACCACAAGAAAAUUUCCGCAAUUGUGCCGAUGUUGCUAUUGUUUAA